AGAGAAAAAAAUCCGACACCAGCAGCGACAUCGCCCCGGCGAGGUGCCCGCUGGGGGAGGCCGUUGCGCAGGUUUUAUUUCUCUCCGCCAUCGCCUCGCCGGCCCGGGCCAUGUACCGGCAGGGCUUCCGCCCCCCGACGCCUCCCUACGCGGGCGGCGGCUUCCGGAGCCCUCCCUCCGGCGGAGGCCCCGUGCCCCCCUCCCCGCGGGGCUACGGCAGCCCCCACCACACGCCGCCCUACGGCCACCGGCCCGGGCCUUACGGCGGUGGCCACUCGCCCCGAGACCACGGCUUCCACGGCGGCGGCGGGCGGUUCGGGAGCCCGUCGCCGGGAGGGCAGACCCCGCGCAGGCCGCAGAGCGUCAGCCCCCGGUACCCGGCUCCCUACGGCGGCAAAUCCCCGGCCGGAGCUCCCCUGCACCCGCAGCAGCAGCGCAAGCGCUCGCCCGGGGGCUUCCAGAGGCACUACCAGGGAUCACCCAGGACAUCUACUCCAUUUGGUACAGCGCAUGGCAGAGAGAAAAGAGUGUCUAAUGAUGUGGAAAACUAUUACAGACCUUCAAUGCUUGAGGACCCAUGGGCUGGCCUAGAGCCAGUUUCUGUUACAGACAUAAACCAACAAUACAGCAGUGAGCAAACAACAUAUACUGGUAAAAAAGGGAGGUAUUUCAGCUAACACUUUUAAAAGCCAAAUAACUCCAUCUUGUCAGGAAAACUUUGGGACAAAACCUUUCCAUUUACACAAGAUGAACAAUAAUCAAGACCUUAGAUAACGCUUUUAUUUGAUCACAUGUACCACCCUUUUAUCCUACUUUUUUUUUUAAUUGCAUUGGGUAUUUUUAUGUAUGGGAGGGAAAAGGAGUGGUAGGAGAACUUACAUUUCUGGCUAUGUGGAAGUGCCUACCAGCUUUGAAGAACAAAGUGUUCUUUAAUCACCAGCGACUGAUUUGUGACUGUUAAAACAGGUUUCCAUAUAUUUACCUCUUCCAUGCCAGAUUGUUAGCCUUUUAUUGUAAACUCCUUUAGUAAAUGGUAUUUUUUUAUGUUUCAACAUUUUUAGAACAAAGUAACUUGGAAAUAAAAUAAAGUUUUGUAAAUCCUUGUUUUGUAAUGUAUAACAAUUAUUUUAGGAGUUUUGUUAAGGUGUACACAUUAACACAAAGAGUACUAGUGAAAUUAGGUGACUUCUGUAAAUGUGCUUGUAUGCUGUAGUUAACCUCUGAUUUUGUGCAUAGUAUUUUUUGUUAACUGUAGUGUAACCUAAAGUUGAAACGUGACUUUUAGACAUCUCAGGAAACAAAUGUAUUGUCUUUGGAAAGUUUAAUUUGUUGAACCAGCUCUUGAGUCAUAAACAAUUCUGUGAUUGUUUGUUUUUGUAUUUAAAAAAAAAAUCUUAUUUGAAAAAAAAGUAGGCAUUUCUGGAUUAUAGUAACAAGUAUGUUCAGUGGCAAUUUAAGUGUAAGGAGCACAUAAAACAUCAAGAUUUAAAUAAAUGCAAAUGUACUGUCUGGAACCACCUGUCAGAAUAGCAUAGAAUGGAUGAAAGUGUGUUACACAGUUGACGUGAGUACAUGCAUAACGUCUUUCUUUUAUCUGUACCAGACUUCCCAAUUUUUAAAAUUAUUUUUUAUUUUUACCUAUGGUAGGCAUCUUUGCUUAGAGGAGUCUUGUUUUGUGUGUGUGCAUGCUGUAUUUUUAUACUGAAGGGAAAAACAAUGAGGUUUUUUUAGA